AUGUUCAGCAGGCUUUUUGGGAAGGACAAGGGCUCGAAGUCUUCUCAAGGCGGCAACAAUGUGUUAGGCAGCAUCGAGAAAAUUGAUAGCUCCAUUGAGCUGCUCGAAAAGCGGGAAGCCCUGCUAGAGAAGAAAGUAAGUGAGGAAAUCGAGAAGGCGAAGGCAUUCUAUGUGCGUAAAAAUCAAAAUGCCGCCUUACAGUGCAUGAAGCGAAAGAAGAUGUAUGAGGAACAGCUUCAGAGCUAUGUGAGCCAAAAACAAAACCUAGAAACGCUUCGCUUCACCGUGCAGAACCAGGCCAUGAACCAGGAGGUGCUGAAAGCGCAGCUCUCCGCGAAGGAGGAUCUCAAGCGAACAAACAAGCGCCUGAAUGCGGAUAAGAUCGAAGAGAACAUGGACGAACUGAUGGAGGAGAUCGACAAGACGAAGCAGGUGAGCGAGGCGUUACGGCAGCCCCUCGGCGGCGAGGUUAUUGACGAGGAUGAUUUGUUGCAGGAGUUGGAGUUAGAGCUGGAGUUGAAUCCGGAGAAGGUGGAGAGCGGACAUGCGAAAGUUGAAGAGGUUAAGCUUCCAGAUAUGCCAGCGGUUCCAUCCUCCAAGCUCCCUUCUAUUUCGCAAACGGCAAAGAUGCAAAAAGAGGACGAAGAAGAACUCCUCAAAGCACUUGAAGAGAAGUUGGCAAUUUGA